UCAUCUUCAAACUCUCCCUUCGUCUUCCCUGAGAGGGCGCGCCUCCUGUGCGCGUUCCCUUCAACGGCCAUGGAAUUCACAUCUCUCAUCUUCUUUUCCAUUGUAUCUUUCUUUUUCGUGUCUGCUCAUGGCUUAUCGGAGACUGAAUCUCUGUUGAAAUUCAAGAAAUCUCUUAUUAUUGGCAGAGCAGGUGCUUUGGAGAGUUGGGAUAGAAAGAAUCCUCCAUGCAAAUGGAUUGGAGUCUUAUGUCAUAACGGUUAUGUUUGGGGACUACGACUAGAGAAUAUUGAGCUCCUUGGCUCUCUAGACAUCGAGGCGUUGAUGGGUUUGAAGUCUCUGAGGUCUCUCAGCUUCAUGAAUAACAAACUUAAAGGUCCAUUUCCAGAGUUCAAGAAACUUGGUGCUCUAAAAUCAAUUUACUUGUCAAACAAUCAAUACGAUGUAAAGAUACCAAGGGAUGCAUUUGAAGGGAUGGGGUGGUUGAAGAAACUCUAUCUCGAACAAAAUAAAUUUAGUGGAGAAAUUCCAAUGUCUGUGGCCACUAUUCCCAAGCUUUUAGAGUUUAGAAUUGACGGAAACCGGUUCACUGGUCAAAUACCUGAAUUCACACAUGAACUAAACAUGUCGAAUUUUUCAAAUAAUGCAUUAUCAGGUCCCAUCCCAAAGAUUCUCAGCAGAAUGGAUCAAAAAAUGUUUGAAGGCAACAAAGGAUUAUGUGGAAAACCUUUGGAUUCAGAGUGUUAUUCUCCUUACAACAUUUCUCCGGAGCAUAAGGCAAGCUCCAAAAAAAAAUCAUCAAAAUUUUUCUACAUUGUAGCCGCAGUGGUAGCAGCACUACUUGCAAUACUCAUAAUUCUUGGAAUCAUCAUCAUGCUAUGCCGAAGGAAAAGGAACAAGCAGCCGUUGUUAUCACAAGAACCCGGACCAUCAAGUCUACAAAAGAGAGCUGGGAUCCAAGAAGGUGAUAAGGGACAAAGUAGCUGCCAUUCACUAAAGCCUACAACAAAGAGGAUGACUCAUACCACAAAAUUGUCAUUCUUGAGAGAUGAUAAGGGAAAAUUUGAGUUGCAAGAUUUAUUGAAAGCAUCUGCAGAGAUUCUAGGAAGUGGGUGCUUCGGAGCAUCGUAUAAAACAGUGCUUUCAAGUGGAUCAAUGAUGGUAGUGAAGAGGUUUAAACAUAUGAAUACUGUAGGAACAGAAGAGUUCCAAGAAAACAUGAAGAGAUUAGGGAGGUUAAGGCAUGGGAAUUUGCUCCCAAUUGUGGCUUAUUACUAUAAAAAAGAAGAAAAACUUUUUGUUUGUGAUUUUGUUGAGAAGGGAAGCUUGGCUGCUCAUCUCCAUGGUCAUAAAUCAUUAGGUCAACCAAGCUUGGAUUGGCCAACACGAUUCAAUAUUGUCAAAGGUGUAGGAAGGGGGCUUUUAUACCUGCACCAAAACCUGCCUAGCCUAAUGGCGCCUCAUGGUCAUCUAAAAUCAUCCAAUGUUCUUCUCAAUGAGAAUUAUGAGCCUCUUCUUACAGACUAUGGCUUAAUUCCUAUGAUCGACGAAGAAAGCGCACAAGAGCUCAUGGUGGCUUACAAGUCUCCAGAGUACUUGAAACAUAGCCGUGUCACCAAGAAAACUGAUGUGUGGGGGCUCGGUAUACUGAUCCUGGAGACUCUAACAGGGAAGCUUCCUGAAUGUUUUCAGCAAGCUGAUAAAAAAAGUGAGCAUGACAUGGCGAGUUGGGUGAAUUCGAUUUUCCAAGGAGAAUGGACACAAGAAUUGUUCGAUCAAGAAAUGGGGAAAACCAACAACUCUGAAGCAGAGAUUCUCAAACUCUUAAGGAUUGGAUUGAGUUGUUGCGAAGUAGAUGUGGAGAAAAGAUUGGACAUAAGAGAGGCUGUCGAGAAGAUGGAAGAUUUGAUGAAGGAGCGAGAAGGAGACGACGACUUCUACUCAACAUAUGCGAGUGAGGCUGAUGGGAGGUCAUCAAGAGGAGUGUCAAGUGAGGGAAUUAACUUCUCUUGGAAUGAUUCAAGCCAUCAAGGCAUCAAGUAAACUUUGCAUGGUAAAGAUUUAAAUUUGAGGAAAAUUUUUUUUUGUCUCAAAACUGUAAUUUGCUUGGAGUUCAUGGAUGUCAACACCUAAACCUAUAUAAGCC